UUGGCAAAAUCGAAUUGAAGGCAAACCAGGAUGAAGAUGAAGCUUUGGGCAUGCUUUCUAACUUUACUAUUUGUGCUGGCAAGUUUGGUGCCGCAGGGAUGGGGUCAGGGUCAAGGCCAGGGCCAGGGCCAGGGUGAGGACUCCUCCACCUCCUUAUGUCUAAACCAGCUUGCUCCUUGCCUGAAUUACCUUAAUGGAACUCGAGAUGUGCCCGAUAGCUGUUGUGAUCCUCUGAAAUCCGUGAUCAAAUCAAAACCAGAAUGCUUGUGUAGUAUGAUAAGCAACGAGGGCAGCAGAGAAGCAGAGCAGGCAGGCAUCAACAUCAGCGAAGCACAACAGUUGCCUGGACGGUGUGGGCAGCAUGUCAACCCACUAGUUUGCCUCUCAGGUUCUCCAAAUUCUAAGAACUCAGCUGAAGAUUCCGCCGGCGUCCUGUUGUUCCCACCACAUAGCGCCAUAAUCAUUGCCGUAGCCAUAUGUAUGACUGUUGAGAAUUUGUGGGUGUACCCGACACCACAUUAACAUCCCUUUUGGGGGGCAAUUAAAAAAUGUUAUGGAGAUUCCAGUCAGAUGUUGGAAAUUGGAAGAUAAUUGAGCUAAUUUGUUGUGGUUUCUAGUAUAUAUAUAUAUAUAUUACGUUCUUUUCAGUGUGUGCUGGUUAAAUCAAGUUGAUAAUAACUCAAAUACAAGCCUGGCUUGGGUUUAUC